AUGGCCGUCGAGACUGUAGGCCAAAGUCGCUCUCUCUCCUUCGACCAAUUGUGGAGGGAGAAAACUUUGCGUCGUCAAUUGUGGCCAGAUUCAAGGCGACCCAACAGUCACCAAGCCGUUUUGGCCGUUUCAUAUAGUCCAUAUAAUGAAGUGUUGAUGGGUUGGCGUGGAGUAAGACUGGGUAUGCCGACCCGCCUAGACCUGGCAAUUGAGGCCACUGGGCUUAUUGAUAAGCAGUCGAAUAUCGUAUAG